UAGAAACCUCGUGUAAAACAUACGACAUCACAUCAAAAACAAAGUUUUACCCUCUAAUCUUUUGCGUCGCGAAGACCUUCGAUGUUUUUAUAAUUUCGUUUUUACCAACAUUCAAUAUAAAUGUCUAUCCAUUAUUGUUCAAAUAAGGACAGGAUCUCGGAGGAGGAAAUCACUGUCAAUCUUCUGACUGAUUGUGCUUGGCCCCCAAAGUGAGUGGGGCUUGUAAUGAGGAAGAGUGCGGCAGGGGAGUAUAUCAAAGGCUGCUUUAGACCAGUCCGCGUUCUCUUACUGCUUCUUCUCGUCAUUACCCUUAUUGUUUUAUUCAAAGAGCUUUGGGAGCGAGACGAACCUGUAAAGAAGCCGCCGCCUCCACCAGCUCUUGACCUUGGCUGCUUGUUCACAGUACACACUCCACAGGACACCCAGGCGUGGCAGCUUAUAUCAUUCAUUAUCAGUCCAACGCCAAAGCAAAAAUGCCAUGUUGAUGCAUGGAAUACUAUCCGUGCCACAGGGCACGGUGCCUCUAAUUUUAGAAUACAAGCCUUUGGUUCUCAUGAAAUGGUUACAGGAAAAGUUCAUCACAUUGCAAAUGAUACUUACAACGCUACUCUGCGGUUAACUUUUGCGGACGAAUAUAUAAUCCUGGUCAUUUUGACCUAUGUAAAUAACGACAGUCUUGAGUAUCGAUAUCACGCGAAAGCUGUUUUACAGCAUGUGCUGAACAGUCCUUUUGAUCUGUCUGUUACCCAGGCUCCACCUCCUAGAGACCACACUCGUUACUGCACUCAGGAGGAAAGCGGAACUUCCCAAGGAAGGUGGGUGGAAUGCGGAAGUAUCCCAGGGAUCGAGAGAUGCGGUCAGUGGCAGCUUGACCCCGCUUACGACUUCGAUCAAAUUCACGGUUUUCAUUGGCUGCCAUAUUUCUGCCAGUUGCAUCACUACAGCAGCGAUGAGAUCAAAAAAUGUUUUGCAAAGCAAGGUUGGUCCGAGGUCGUUUUCACCGGCGACUCGCACAUGCGUUAUAGGACAUAUCACUGGGUGACACGACUGCACGGCUCCUGUCACGGUUGUAUUAAAACACACGUAAAAAUGGUGUUUGACAAGAUUCCACGUAUUGAGUGGGUAUUUGACGCGCGUGGAACGCGAUGGCCGCUAACGUUUCUAAACAUCUCAAUGCCCCACGAAGUUUACGUUCACCCGGGAACAAGACGGUCUAUGUUUUCCAAGGGACUACCAUCAUCAGUAUUCAGCGGUAAACUGUUCCUCAUGAACUUUGGCCACUGGAUUUUGCGAGAAAGCACAAAAGAAACAUUCAUAAUGGAUAAAAUCCGCGCCUUUCUAGAGGCAAUUCAGGCAAUGAACCGAACGGGCGAAGGGAAAAAGAGAUUUUUAUGGUUAAACACGGUAAGCCUACCUUGGAGAGAAGACCGAGCCAUGGUAGAAUGGCUUGAAAAUCCGUCCCCGGCUCGUGUGGCGCAACUAAACAGUCUAACAGACCAGGCUGUCAAGGACAGUGGCGUUCAAAUCAUUGAUGCGUUCCAGAUUUCAAAUAGUCGCAUAGGUGCCACACACGACCAAACACAUUAUGCCAAGAGGAUGAAGAGGGGUGACUGUGGAGGAGUGGUGGAAAACGCUAUAAGUAAUGUUGUAGCUAAUUCUCUGUGUAACUAUGACAACUGGUGAGGAAAUUGUCGGUCAGGAGUGCACUCUUCUCACGAUUGAGAGAGAACUGGAGUCUGCAUGAAAUAGGAGAGAGGAGCUUCGUGAUUACGAACAUGAAAUCACUUGGGAGUGACACAAUGAUCCUCAAGUCCUCUCAUCCUUUAAAAAAUACUCCAAAGAAAAAAAGAAAUUAUUAAAUAAACACACGAAAGCUAUCCAAAGCUUUCUAACUCAACUUUUAUGAAACUAAAAUAUAGUUGUAAAUGAUGCAUAAUGUCGAACGUAAAGCUUUUGGAUAAUUAUUAUGUAAGUGAAAAUGAUACACGUUAAGCGUGGUAAUUUAAUUGAAGAUGACGUAUUAAUUGAAUGACACAGGCAUAGUCGGAGAGAAGAAGAAAACUGGAAGUGCUCCCAAUUGGAUUCGAGCUUGAAAUCUUCCGAUUAGAACUUCUCCCCUUUCUCUACCGCUGAGCCAUAGGAGAGUCGCUAUAGGCUGAAUGGUAAUUUUAAGUGAAAAUGAUGUAUUCAGAAGAUGAUACAGGCAUAGUGGGAGAAAAUAAAGGAACUUCGAUUGCUCCCAAUAGGGUUCCCAACCUACGACCCUCUGAUGAGUACUUCCAAUGCUCUACGGCUGAGUUAUAGGAGACUCCUAGCAAGCUACAUGGUAAAUGUUAAGCUUGGCAAUUUGAGUAAAAUAUGAUGUAUUUAGUGAAUGACACGGGCAGGGUUUGAGAUAAAGAGGUAGCGAGAGUGCUCCCAAUAGGAAUCGACACUACGAACUCCCGAUCAGUAGUUCGGAUGCUCUACCACUGCGCGGUAGGGGACCUGUGGGAAGAUAGGCCUUGAAAUAGAUCCAUGAUGACAAACGUUCAGAAUACUGCUAGAAUGGGAAUGGCAAAGGUGCUGCUUAUGCCCAAUAAUGAUGUAAAUGAUGAUAGCAAAUUUAAGCUUGGUUAUUGAAGUAAAAGAUGAUGUAUUGUAUGAUUCAUUUGACACAUUUGUUUUAUUUUAUAUAAAACUCAGUAAA